GCUUCAACGGAAGAUGUCUGCUGCAAUUCGUACGAUCGCAUUAUUUCUGGUGUGUUACGCAACCUUGGCACAUGGCAAGGCGGGUUACGGACCCGGCGAACAGGACUGGGGCUUUGUCGACGUACGGCCAGGCGCUCACAUGUUCUACUGGCUCUACUAUACCACAGCCAAUGUAUCCAGCUACACGGAACGUCCUUUGGCUAUUUGGUUGCAAGGUGGACCUGGCGCCUCUUCGACGGGCUAUGGAAACUUUGAGGAGCUUGGACCUGUUGAUCUUUACGGCGAUUAUCGCAACUGGACUUGGGUGAAGGACAUGAAUGUGGUUUUUAUUGAUAAUCCUGUAGGCAGCGGCUUCAGCUAUGUGGACGAUACGGCCUUUUAUACGGCUACAAACAAAGAAAUUGCCCUGGAUCUGGUUGAGUUAAUGAAGGGAUUCUAUGCUCUACAUCCGGAAUUUGAGUCUGUGCCUCUGCAUAUCUUCUGCGAAAGCUACGGCGGAAAAAUGGCACCCGAGUUCGCCCUGGAGCUGUACUAUGCCAAGGAAAGAGGCGAGAUUAGGAGCAAUUUGGUAUCGGUGGCUCUGGGUGAUCCCUGGACAUCGCCCAUCGACUCGGUUCUCGCAUGGGGACCACUUCUGCUGCAGAUGGGCAUCGUUGACCAGGAUGGCUACGAUGCCAUAACGAAGGCUGCCAACUUUACAGCCGAACUGGUGGCGGAGGAGCGUUGGAUACAGUCUACAGCUCAGUGGGGCAACACGCAGUGGGAGGUAAUGAAGGCCUCAAAGGGCGUGGAUUUCUACAAUGUGCUGAAGGAAACGCGCGGUGAUCGCUAUCAAAGGCAGCUCAUGCAGACGCUCGAGGAGCGCAUGUACCGCACUGUGGUGAAGUACGACAUUGAUGAGGAUCGGGAUGCGUUGCUGGAGACACUUAUGCGCGGACCCGUAGCCGAAACCCUGGGCAUACCAUCCGAAGUCAAAUGGGGAUCACAGAGUGGCAGCACCUUUGACAUUCAUAGAACUGAUUUCAUGAAGCCCGUAAUACACAUUGUUGACGAACUUCUGGACAAAACGCCGCUGAAAGUGGGCGUCUUCUCGGGCGGACUGGAUCUGAUCUGUGCCACGCCCGGCACCGUUAACUGGAUAGACAAGAUGAACUGGAGCAGAAGGGAGGAGUACUUAGCCGCGCCUCGCGUUGCAAUCAGCGUGGAUCGCGUUUUGGAAGGCUACGAGAAAUCGGGCGGCAACUUUACCAUGUUCUGGAUAAACAGAUCCGGGCACAUGGCGCCAGCCGACAAUCCCGCCGCCAUGAGCCAUGUCUUGCGCGAGUUUACGGGCUUUGGAUAGACUUACAAUUUGUAGAAUGCAGCCAAUAAAAUGCAGAGCUCACACUCCGUAAAGUGAAUUGAAACUUG